AUCGAGGCCAAAACCAGGCGCGCUUGUCCACAUUCGUGCAAAUUAAGGUGCCUGGUGGAGUCCCAGGGCCUUCCAGCCAGAGCUCCUCGCGCCGCAACGAAGCUGCGGCUCCGCAACCUACGAAAAAACAGCCUACAGGAAGACAGGCAGUGCUGCGCAAGAACUGCGCAAGCAGCAGCCAUGGUCGACUACUCCAAAUGGGACGCCCUCGAGGUCUCCAGCGACGACGACGACUAUGCUGAUAAGCCCAACUCCAAGGAAGCUUACAGGAGAAUCAAAGCGCGGCAGCGCCGCGAGUCGCGCGACGAGGCCGAGAAGGCGGCCCGGGACGCGGCCGUAGCAUUAAAUGAAGAGCUGCCGUCCGACCGGGAAAAGGCCGCGGCAAUCGCGCAGCGGCAGGCGGCGGCCGCGCCGCGGACCGCCACGCCGCGGUGGCGGCCCGGUCAACGCGACCCGGUACCUGUCAAAGCACCGAAUGACGCCGCCUUCGCGGCGACGUUCCUCGAGCCGGCGGAUUUCAAAGAGAAGCCAAUCAUCCUACCGGAACCCUACGAGGAGUGGGACUUCAGAGUAUCCAUACCUCUUGAGUCGACCUGCCCUUACAGCUGGCCCGAGGUUGAUAGGACGUUCGCCGAGCAUGGUGAAGGAGCUGGAUUAUAUGUCCACGAUUCCAGGACCUUCGGGCCGGACUGCCUCAUAGUGCACGUCGCGCAGUUCCGCUGGUGGCUGCGGAGCGUCGAGGAGGCGGAGUUCUACUGGGACGACACGUUGUCGGUGUCCAGGACCGAGGAGGACAACGACCCCGAGCUGCACAUGUGCUGUCGGCGCUGUCAUGAUAUGAGGGGGUCUCCAUUAAAGCUGGACGGCGCCGACGACUCGCUGGUGUUGCGGUCCCAGAAAUACAACAAUGGGUGCGUCGCGUUCAAUUUGUUGUUCCGCGUCGGCUGCCUCUGCGCGAAGGUCUUUUUAGUGGUGGCGACGCCGGGGACGCUCGCCGAGGACUCCUUCCAGGGCCACGCCGUGCGCGCGGGCGAGCUGGCCGUGGCGAAGGUUCGGAGCGGUCCUGGGUGUGUCUCAUAAUGUUUGUUUGUAC